GAAUUGGAAAGUCAUUAUUACAAGACUCACAGUGGAGUGAAACCACACCAAUGUGAAGUCUGUGGGAAGAAAUUCAGAGUGAAAAGCUUGUUCAAACAACACAUGGCAUUUCACACAAAUGAACGGAAACACGUAUGCGAGACUUGUGGAGCAUCCUUUAAUUGCCCUACUGCACUGUUGAGACAUAUCGUUAUUCAUACUGGGGAGAGAAAAUAUAAAUGUGAUGUCUGUCUGAAAGGUUUUACCCAACACUAUGCACUCAAAAGACACAAGCAAACUGUACAUGAUAAAUUGAGGGCAUUCAAAUGUGAUACAUGUGAUGUCAGCUACACGCAACGCUAUGCAUUGACCCUACAUUUGAAGGAGAAACAUGGGAUAGAACCAACCAUGAAAGUAAACAAAAGGGAUAACUACAAUCGAAGGCUAGGUGUAGGUAAGAGAUCAUCUCCAGCACAGUUUGUGAGACGGUCACAGAGAGGACGCAAGCGUAAAGUGGACAGUGAAUCUGAUACUAGCACUGAUUCUGAAGCUGAUUUUACUUCACCAAACAGAAAGCAUAAUCGUAGUAACAAGGAGACAAAGGUGCCUCGCAAAAGAAAACAGCCUUGAAAUGGACUCAUGUAAUCAUAACACAAAGUCAACUGUUACAACAGGGAGACGAGGGAUUCCCAACAUGGCAUUUGAGCACAGAAAA